GAUGACGUCAGUAGCUCAGCGUAUGAAUGCUAAUCGAGAGGCUCGUAAAUGUGGUGGUGGUAUGACCCGAACCUUCUCCCCCCUCACUCCUAUCAUACAGCGCCUCUACAGCAAGUCAGAUGAGGCUGAUAGCAAGAGUGAGAGGUCCUCCAGGAGCCAGAGACACACAGAAGAUGCUAGGAGAUCGGCUCCGAAAGUCAAGUUCUCUAAAACUAUUACCGAGUUUCCAUACUACAGUCGCUAUGACAACCCGACAGAGAUGAAAUCAGUAUCAAGCCCAGGUCAAAGUCCGUCCCAUAGUCACCAUGGCAAGUUGGAUGGGGACUCGCUGAGGGUCAAAGGUGAAAGCUCGAAACACAUCAGAAAAAAUUAAUUAUUAUUAGCAUAGCACAAACUGUUCAUUAUUUUUAUUGCUUAUACUCAAGAUUUGUAUGUUACUAAUGAUAGUGUCAUUUGCCAUAUGCACAGUGUGUAAUGUAUGUAGGCCCUGAUAAAUUAUGCUAGGAAUAAUUUUUAGCAUAAUUAGGUGUCUAAAGAUAAAUAGCAUCAAUGUCCAUUUUUGGUAAAGAUCAUUACAUUAAGUUUUGCAUAACGACAUUUUCAUGGCUUGAAGGAUUAUCACCAAUAUUAUGAGAAUCAUGAUUAUAUUAAUUAUGUCGUGUACAUGUGUCAGUUAUAAUUAGCUUUGCAUGCAUGUGUGCUGUGUUUAUGUAUACGUCUUAAUUUUGUCUAUAAUUAUUAUGUCGCAUUUUUGGAUUUUUAAUAAUAAGCACAUUUUUCGAUCCGAGAAUUAAUAGACUAAUGGGUAAAAAUAAUG